AUGUUUACUGGAGGACAGCACCAGUCCGUGCGCCGUUACAUGUCUGCAGGCUCGAUCCCUAUCGCCCAGACACCGCGUCUCUCGGCGCUCUCCCCGCUGUAUCCACUGCCGUCGUCUCCGACCGCAGUGGUCUCUUCGGCCGUCGUGGACGACGCUAUUGGGGACCUCUUUACUCGCUAUUUGCCCCUCUUUUUCGACUUGUUGGAAAAGUUCCAGUACCAAAAGGCGCUCGAGAUUCUGGAGGAAGAGCAGGAGACACAAUGGAAGGAGUGGGAGGCUUUUCAAGUGAUGCUGAAGCUAGGAGCGUCGUGUGAGAGCACGUAUCAUCUCAUGAAGUACUUGGAAGCAAAGUUGGUAGAGACAGACACGAUCGAACACAUGUAUGACAAGUUGGUGGUGCUGAUGAACCAUCUAGCCGACGAAUUGAAGCCAGUUGCGAUGAGACAGGGUCGCCGCUGUUCCAUGAAUCCAUUGACACCAAGUCGUGGUGCUGGAAACAUGGAUGGCUUUGCGGAUCAAAGUCGUCAAGGAGAAGGGGGUGACGCAAUAGAGCAAGAAACGGACAGCGCGCGUAUGAUGGAGAUCAACGUGUGUGGCAAUCUCAGCUACUACAUUGAAUUGCUGGAGCAAGGAGCCGAGUUUUUCUCGCUUCGUGCCCCUGUAAUACAGAUAUAUCGUGGCUUGGCACUUUCUAGUGUGCCUCGCGACUAUCACGGUAUACUGAAACAAAUCGACGCCCUACUACUCUCUGUUGACUCGUUUAGUCACCCGCUACUUGAGACGAUGAAACAGUCGACCAUCGAGGAACUGAGCACCGUGAAAGGAGCUCUUCAAUGUGAGCUUCGGGUGGCAGAGUACGACUUUACUCGUUCGAUUGUGGCGCUGCAUCGGCUGAAGGCUCAACUGCGGUCCUGGAGUGAUCACAUCGAUGUCGUUUCUGACUACCCGCUAUUUGAAGGUAGUGGCGUGGACUUUGGUGCAGGUGGUGACGAAGAGGGUCUGCUUUAUGAUGAAUCUGACGAGAACUAUGGUAUCACGUCGGAUUCACUGCACUCGAGUUCGAGCUUCCAGUCGUGUCCGCCGCUCCCGCGAUGUCACGUGCGAAACUCAAGUUUUGGCGGCGACUUGCGGAAUGUCGGGAUCUCUUCUUCGCUAGUAGAGUCACUCGCAUCGUAUUGUGGCGGGCGUUUUACCAACCUGGGUGAUACCUUCAAUGAAGUCGAGGAUGAAACGGUCGUGCCCGAAGUGGACCAGUCAGGCGCAUCCCUUGAUGACGAUUCGAGUCCGGUCUCUUCCGAUGUGCAUAGCACGUUCAGGCGUUUGUUGUCGCACAGCAGCCUGUUACGACGGAGUAGUGUUGGACUGACAUCCGCUUUGCCUAUCCGGCGUGGGCUUGUUCAGAAGCCAGGCGACCCGUACGUUAGCUCGGGUGACACGAACUCUUCGAUGCCAACUAACGCACUGGAACAAGCCAUUCUGGCUGCCGGAGGAAAUGGCAGUGGAGGUGCUGCAGGCACAUCUCUUGGACCUAGUCAGGGCUUUCUAAACGGUGGAGGCGUUGUUGGCGGUAGUACGAACCCUGUUGCGGCUGAGAUGAUGGCAUCCUCGAUCAAAAACCAGGAACGGGAAGAUGGUUUUGCUUUGCCCGUGUUUCAAUGGGCCAAGCGGUUCUAUCGUUCGCUUGUGGCAAAGUUCACGCUGUUUUUUCACCGCUGGCUGGAGCCGUUCGAGAAGAAGACAGACUACUUGGCCCUAGAACUUUCUCGCUACAUCAAAACGCCGCUUGGAAUUUCCUAUCUACAGCUGAUGGACGUGCUAUUGUCUCGAAGCUCACACAAAGGGGACGGAAGCAAACUUUACAUCAUGCUUAUUCUUGAGACACAAGCUCUCGAAAACAAGGGUGCCCACUACUACGACAACGGCUACCGUUGCCCGAGCUCAAGCAAUGCAAUCUACACUUGCACCGAUGAAGAAGAGGAAGCUGAACAGCAAGAUGCGAAGCACAGGACCAUUGCAUCAUCCAGCUCCGCCGAUACUUCUGGAAUCAGCAAUCGUAUAAUCGCCCCUUCCGUAGACGGACGCGCAGUGCGUACAAACGGAUGUCGACCGUCUAUAGACCAGCACACAUCCAAUGCCUUGUUUCUACGGGUUGAUCGUGAAGACCAUGAAGAACAGAACGACUUCUCCGAGCUUCGGGGUCUCCGAAGUUGGCCGGCAGUGUUUUGCUAUCCUGGAGGCUCGUCUCCUCCGCUCAACCACUGGCCGAACAUCGUCAGCCUCAUCAUGGACAACCGCUCUUCGCUUGAUUCUGUCCGCCCAGUCUUCAUGCAUUUUGAGCGGCGGCAAAAGACGACGUACCAUAUUGCGAGAGUGGACGUCGCUAUGUACCUAGUUGUACUUGCAGAAGGGCUGAAGAAGUCAAAUGAGAAAGUUACACAGGACUUUGUGCAAAUAGUGGCGGAAAACCUGCAGCACUCCGGAGCCUUUGCGCCUCGCCUCUUUGCAUCUGGCGCGCCUACCUCGGCAUAG